AACCCGAGCCGUGACUUCGUGGACGACGGGGUGACACAAAUCAUAUCAUGUCAUCCCAACUAUAAGGACCCCUUUGUUAGGGCCCACAACUUCAUACUGAGAGGCGAUGGACCCCUCUCUUACCCCACGCGACAGUACAUUGCCAUCAUGGCCUCGGCUCGACAUCAGUGCACUUAUCUAAUAAAUGUAUCUCGAGAUGAGUUCCUGGCAUCGGGUGGUGAUCCGCAAUGGCUGCAGGGCUUGGAUCACAUUCCGCAGAAACUCAAAGAUCUGAACCAAAUCAACAAAUUGCUGGCACACCAGCCGUGGCUCAUAUCCCGGGCGCACAUCGAGAAACUGACGAAAGGGACGGACUCGUGGUCGCUGUCUGAGUUGGUGCACGCCAUCGUAAUACUGGCCCACUUUCACGCUCUGUCCAGCUUUGUCUUCGGCUCAAACAUCGGCGCCGACGGUCACACCAACGGCGACGAGAAGGAGAACGGACACAACGGUCACAACAACGGCGGCCACAACAACACUGUGCCCUGCAUUGGGCCGCCCGUCGCGCCCAAUGGCAACCACAACAACAACAACAACAGCCAUCACCACAACCAGAAACCUCCGUCGCCGUCGAGUCUGAGCGGUUCGCCGACCACUGGCGCCGAAGUGGAAGCGUUGAUGAAGAAGUUGCAGACCAUUAGCGAGCAAAAGGCCGGCGCCGGCGACGACGAGAGCGCUUCGCCCGACGAGUUGAUGAAGAACUUCGACAAAUUGGAGUACAACUCGUCGCAGGAGAUGCACAGUCCGGUGCCGUUCGCUAGUAAUAACCCGCCGGUGCUUUCGGUGGGCGGUGUGGGCGUCGCGCCCAUACAAGUGGUCAACAGUAAACUCAGUGCGAACGCCGGCAGUAAUAGUAAUAACAAUAAUAGCGGCAACAAUCAGGACAAUAGCAAUACCGGUGCGAUUGUGGGCGGCAAUGGUGGGGCCACUGGCGGUGGUGUGGGAGCGGCGGUGGGAGGCGGGGCUGCGGCCCAACAGCAGCCAGUGAUUGACCAAUCGCUGUCGGAGUCGGCCCGGUUUGUGGAGGACCCGCAGUUUGGUUACGAGGACUUUGCCCGCCGUCGCGAAGAGUCAGAUGUGCCCACCUUUCGGGUGCAGGACUACUCGUGGGACGACCACGGGUUCAGCUUGGUCAAUCGCCUGUAUUCCGAUAUUGGUAACUUGUUGGACGAAAAGUUCAAAAUCUGCUAUAACCUGACCUACUAUACGAUGGGCCACAAGACCAACAUCGACACCACGCCCUUCCGUAGGGCCAUCUGGAACUACAUUCAGUCCAUGUAUGGCAUCCGUCACGACGACUACGACUAUAGGGAAGUCAAUUUGCUGGUCGAGCGUAACCUCAAGUCCUAUAUCAAGUCCCUGUGCUGUUACCCGCAUCGCGUCCGCACUAAUCGAGAUUAUAGUAAAGUCAUGCGCGGCUUCAAGACCUCCGAAAAGAUUCACGUAAAUCUAAUGAUAUUUGAAGCCAGACUUCAGGCAGAGUUGUUGUACGCGUUGAGAGCCGUUAUGCGACACAUGACCUGAAAAAUGGCCAAACGGUUAGCACUUCUCUCACUAAUAAUAAACAUAACAAUCAAUUGAAUGAAUGAAAUGAAAACGACUCGUAAACUAAAACACAACACAAUAUGUAAUCUGAAUAUGAUUUAGACGACCGCCGCCUCAGACGCCGCCGCAGCCGCUAAUAUAUGUAUAAUUAUUAUUAUUAUAUUAUAUUCUGUACACCGAAACACAUGGUUAUUAUUAUUAUUAUUAUUUUGAUUACUAUUAUUAUUGAUUAUUAUUGAUAUGACGAGACAUUAAUAAUGAAAACGAUACAAACAAACAAACAAAACGAUACAAUUCAUCGCUGCUUCAAAUACUGAUAAAUAUUAUGUAAUAAUUAUAUUUAAUUAUAAUAAUAAAAAGUAUAUAUAUUUCUCUCAACGCUUUUUUCACUAUUGUUUUCAACAGCGAAGACAUUAUCCAAA